UUAGUUUAUUUUCUGUUAGAACUAUUAUUGCUUUAAGCUAGCUGGUUUCUGAAUUUGCUGUCAAAGUCUUCAAAAAAAUGUAUAUGGGGUUGACUAAUUUUUUUUUAGAGCUUUCCGAACUUAAUACCGUUAAAUAGAAGUCAUGCCAGGAACACACUCGCAGGUCAUGAUUGAUUCUCUUCCUUAUUUUGCUAACAUGUUCUUGGGUUCCGAUGGUCUUCCAGUUCCCAAUUAUUUGACUUACAGUUUUUCUUUCAGUCUAGAUCACUCAAUCCACCAGUUCUUUUCAUCGAGCUUCAGUAUGGUAUUUGUUGACUCUUUUCGAUAUGGCUAUGCAGGAAGUCAUAUCUAAACAUUUAUUCUUCUAUUCACUUUUAUUCGAACUCUGUUCUUCUUUUGAACCUUUACCAUACAAUUUUUUGUUGUUCCUUCCACAAUUUUCUGCAUUUUUCGAUUCCUUGCCUGAAAAGACCGAUGAAAGGCAGCAUGCUUUUGGCUUUGCAAAUGCGGCUAUUCGGCCAGACAGUAUAAAUUAUCUUCGUAAGAUCCUUCCUAUAUACUCGGAGAUGACGUUACUUUCUCCUUUAUUUAAGAACUUGCCUAAUUUACAUACAGUUUUGCUAUCUGGCGCAGAAGUUUUUAGCAUCAUUUCAUGGUUCUUGUGAAUUGCAAAUUUCGGGUUUCCCCAUCUUGACAUGUACGAUUGCUAUAAUGCGUAAAAUCUUUCUACUUACAAGCAAGCUAAUAAAUUCUUCCCAUUUAAACAAGUUUUCAAAGCUAAGCAUUAACAAAUUUGAAUAUCAAAUAGAGACUUCAGCCAAAGUUGAACCUGACUUACAGAACUGCAUGAAUGCAUUUCUUGCUCGCAAAUAUGUAUAUACCUACAUAAGUGAGUCAGUUUGUAUACCUAUAAGCGUAAAGUUGUGUUUUUGUAAAAAAUGUGAAAGUGUUAAUUAAAUUUGGCUUUUAUUUACAUUGUAUUACUUUUAAACCAAUCACAAUGUUUUUGGAAAAGCCUGUUUUGCGUCGCAAGCGGAACUGUUUAAGAGCGCAUUGCCCCUGUCGGACAGGUUACACGCCAAUUGGCAAUAUACUUUUGAUUGUCGAGGUCAGGCAAACAAACAGAACCUGCCAAAUCGGGAGGUAGAAGUUUUUUUAUAUUCACCUUUUCAUAUAUAAAUUUUCCAUUAAAGCUUCAGAUUGUCAGUUAAGAAUUGAACUCAUAUGCCCUGCGUUAACCCGAACAAAAUUUUGUCGGUAUGGUUUCUUUAUUCUAACUAUUCGAUAAAAGUAAAGCACUGUUUUUUUCACACAAUUGCACUACUUUAUACACUUGCAAAUACUUAGAAGGAUAUAUUACUGAGAUCAAAUUGAAAGGGGAAUUUUGUCCAUUUCAUCUCCUUCAAAGCAAUCCACUCCCGCUGCAAUACACUUAUGCCAACGAAUUUUCCAGUCAUUGUAGCACUUGGAGAAAUCCUCCGUCGUGAUGGUCAUUAGAGCCUUCGUCGAUUCAGCUUUUAUAUCCUCAAUUGAGUCAAAAGGGUGUCCUCCGAAUGGUCAUGAGAAUUUGCUGAAUAGCCAGAAGUUACACGAAGGUAAAUCAGGCGAAUGCAAUGGUUGCGGCACGAUAUUAAUUGAAAAUGUAGCGAAAUGAUCACGAAUAACCAAUAUACUCGUAGUAUGAGAUGGUGCAUUAUCGCACUUCUUUCUUCAAUAAAUUCGGACAUAGUAAAAAUCGAAGAAUUCACUUUUAGAGCCUCACAAAACGACGCGUAUCUCAAAUACUAAUGAAUAUUUUGACGUACAAUUUAGCAUGGAUGUCACUAACAGUACUACCAAAUUACAGAAAACACGCGAAGUAUAAAUUAAAAAUUCACCUUUCAAUUUUAUCACAGCAGUACAUAGUUUUAAUCCUCCUAAGAGUUAGAUUAUAUUAAGCGUGAAUUCGCCAUUUUCCAAGAGCUUCCUUAGCGAAGAAAAAUACUUCCCUUACGGUAUCAACUACAAUUUCCAUAUUACCCCAUCUAACUCAAUACAUGUGCUACUUCUUCCCGAAAACGUUUCACCUCCACUCCUGAUUCUGCGCUAGGCUCUUGUAAAGCCGAAAUAUUACUUGCAGUCGAACUUCAAUAUUGCUGCUGCAGUGCUUUUCAUUUCUGAGGGGUAUCUAGUAAAAGUUACCUCGAAUAGAUCGCCUUCCCACCAAGCUUUGACCCAACCGUAAAGAAGCUUAAUGCCCCUUUCCACCAACGGCUUCUUCCCACCCAUAGCUCCCUCGUCGGUAUAUGGGCAUAGAAGAAGCCGACAGAGUUCGGUAUGGCGACUCCAUGGUCCAGAUGAUCCGGUAUGCAGUCAAAGUGUGUGAGGAUUAAAACAAGAGGGCUACCAAAAUAUACUCCCUAAGUUAAAAGAGCUUUGUAAAUCUUUCCAUGAUAUCCGUCGAACUAAAAUAGUGUCUUGGGACAUAAAAUAAGCCGAAUCUUCUUUAUGCCACUUUCCAGAAUCUUAUUGAGCCGCACUCGUACAGACACAUCCAUGAACUAACCGAUUAACGCGCCUAGCUGGUAAUGUGACUGAGCCUCCCUGUUUAAGCUGCUUAAAUACUAUUAGCGAGUGUCGAUCCACACAAUACUAUGCCUACAUACAAACAUACAUAUGUAGGUACUUGCAUAUGUGAAGUUUUUUAUUUAAAUUAAAGUUUAAUAACAUUUAUUAGUUCGUAAUCGUUGCAUAUCGAUCAAGUUCAAUGUUUGUGUGUCAGUGUGUAUGCAUGUCUGUAUGUAGGUCGAGGAAGCCGGCUAAACAGUAUAAAUGCCUUUGCGCGCGCUCCUUUCAUACACAGUGUUUUCUAACCAUUCGCAGAGUGUGUGUGUACGGUAAGCUACGCAAACGCAAACGUGAAACAAAGCACUGUAUUUACUAAAAAAAAUAAUUUAAAUUUUUCGUAAAUUUAAAUCAUUGUGAUGUUUUCGGUUCCCCUGAUACUCGUGUGCAGUUCGCUGGUCGCAUUGCUCACCUAUUGCUACGCCAAGUACGCUCGUCUCUACGUCUUAGCCGGCCGUUUUAGCGGUCCACCGGCAUUGCCCAUCAUUGGCAAUGCGCUAACCUUCCUCAACGUCGAAGCACAUGAGUUUGUAAGUCGCUGCUUAGAAUUGGGUGAUAAAUAUGGCAAGACGUACCGCUUGUGGCUGGGUCCGCAGUUAAAUAUAAUUGUACACGAUCCGCACGAUGUCGAAGUUUUGCUCAGCUCAAAUAAGCUGGCGGUAAAAGCAGAUCAAUAUCGUUAUAUGAAAUGCUGGAUGCACGACGGUCUGCUGCUGUCGCAUGGUCGUAAAUAUCAACAGCGUCGUAAACUUGUGUCCCCGACAUUUCACUUCAAGAUGCUGGACAAUUUUCUCAGUUGCUUUCAGGAGCAUUCCUUGGAGUUGGUGCAGCAAAUGCGCGGACUAUGCAUGGAAGGUACACCCUUUGAGUUGCGUCACUUUUUGGGCCUAUGUAUGUUGGAUACGAUUUGCGAUACGGCGAUGGGUGUGCAGCUACAGACGCAACGCAAUGCCGAUUCUGAAUACGUGAAGGCCUUAAACAGUCUCAUGGGCAUACUUCACCUACGCAUGUACGAUAUGAAAUAUCGUUUUGAUUUCAUCUUUCGUUGCACCGCAAAAGCAAAAGAAGCCGAACGCGCACUUGCCAUCAUAAACAGUUACGCGGAGAAGGUGAUCUUACAACGACGCAAAGAGUUAACGCAUGCGCCGGAGCGACAACAGCUCGAAACGGAAGGACCUACGGUUGGUUUAAAACGCAAGCAAACUUUGCUGGACAUUUUACUCAACUCAAUGGUCGACGGCAAGUCGCUAAGCAAUGUGGAUAUACGCGAAGAGGUGCACACAUUCAUGUUCGCCGGUCACGAUACGCUAUCGUCGGCGCUAAUGUUCUUCUUCUACUGUAUAUGCAGAAAUCCCGAAUGGCAGCAAAAGUGCUACGAGGAGAUAUGCGGCGUGUUCGGUACAGAAAUCGGCGCGGUAGCUAUGAGUCGCGAGCACUUGGAUCGGCUGUACUAUGUGGAUUUGUGUAUUAAGGAAACGCUGCGCAUGUAUCCACCGGUGGCGCUGAUCGGCCGCAAAGUCUUAGAAGAGACCAAAAUUAAUGAUCAUCUCAUACCGGCUGGCACAAAUAUUGGCUUCUCACCUUAUGUGUUUGGGCGUCAAUCUGAAGUUUUUGCCGAGCCCAACACAUUCAAACCGGAACGUUUCGAGACGGUGGCGUGUGAAAAUAAUUCAAAGCUAAAUCCUUAUAUUUUCACCUCUUUUUCGGCGGGUCCACGUAGCUGUGUGGGCCAAAAAUACGCCAUACUGCAGAUGAAAGUGUCGAUUGUGAAUAUUAUAUUAAGUUUUGACUUGAGGUUUGUGGGUGAUACGACACGCGAGCUCAAACUUUCAAACGAAUUGACCAUGCGUACGAAGGAUCCGCUAAUGUUUACGAUACGAGCACGUGACGUAAAAUGUGUAAAUUAGCCAAAUAUUUUGCUUAUGGCAUAAGUUAGAUGUACAGUGAAAAUUUAGAGUAUAUGCAAUUAGUCUAUAGUUUGGGAACUAAUUUGACACAAUUUCCAACCAAAGAUUCGUGGCUAAAAAUUUAUUCGACGCAUGCAAGAAGUCUAAUAUUGAGAAUUUUAAUUUUUUGUGAUUUUUGUAUUAAAAAAUUACUCAAAUAUCUUAGGAUUGCUAUAUUUAAUAUUUAUUUCUGAAUAUAACACUUACAUAUAUGGACAGUACCGAAACUCUGAAGGUGAUUAGGAUAUUAUGCAUUUAUACAUGUACAGUUUUUUAAUAAAUAUUUAAGUACUUGUUUUUAUGAAAAACCCAUUAUUUUUAAGAAAUAAUUGAAAUGAUGCAGUUGUAAUUUAAUGCUCUCAUUGAAAUCGGGAUUUCGGUAUUUUAUUUAUGUAAAAUCCCGCGUCAGUUAUUAAAAUCGGGAUUAUCACAAGAAAAUUAAAUUUACAUCAA